UAAAUUUUGUUUCCCUUCACUUCUGUCUUCCAUUUCAGCAAAAACAGAAAAAAAGAGGAAAAUGGCGUCGGUUUCUUUCCUUCAACUUCACGACCCGGAAGACGACGUCGUUAACCACCACCAGCAGCAGCAGCACCACGAGCAAACCCUAAACCUGGAUUCCCUACCUUAUUGGUCUCACGACAUCCACUUCUUCUCUUCGUCUUCCUCAGAUCCGGAUCUCCCUCACCAAGACGACGACGUUUCACUCCCCGAUUCCCUCAUUAUCAACGGCCCCGAUCUUUUCGACCGCCGCGAGAAUCAAGUCAAUUUCGUCAUCGAUCUCUUCCACCAACGCGUCGAGCAAUCUCAGGUGAUUUCCAAUAAUACCCCCAAUAACAACGGUAAUACUAUCGACAAUGAUGAUGACAUCAAUGCUGUUGAUUUGCCUUCUGAUUCGUUAAACGAAUCGGGUUUCGGUGUUAUUGAGGGAAGUCAUGAGCUAGAUUUAGGAUUAGUGUUAGGGUUUGAUUCUAUGGAUACUAAUGAGAUUGAUGUUAGCGGUGGCUACGACGACGAUGACGAUUUCUUCGUGGAAAGGAGGGUUUCCGGAUUGAGUGCUUGUGAGGCUGCUUCUAAUUUUAGUGGGGUUGAAAGGUUUGGGGAUAGCAUUCGGCUUGUGGGGUGUAGAUCCGAUUCGGAAGAGGAUGAAGAGAAUGGGGCCUUGGCUAUCGAUUUGAAUUCAGGGGAUGAUUAUGGAAUUGAUGAGCAUGUUAGUGAUGGUUAUGAUGUUGAUGCUGAUGAUGAUGAUGUAAGUGUUAGCAUUCCGCUUUGUUGGGAUUCGCUUCAGUUGGAGGAUCGUAGGGAUGCGGAUGAGGAUUUUGAGUGGGAGGAAGUGGAUGGCAGGGUUGAUGAGAGGGAAGUUUUAAGUGUGUUUGUUGAUGCUGAUGAUGAUGAGAACUCGGUUUCGCUUUCCAUUUCCCCUGUUAUUGCACCUGAAGAUGUGGUUAGUUUUGACAGGGCAGCUGGGUUGGGGAAUUUGGGGUGGGAGGUUCUGUUGAGUGCUAAUAAUUUGGAGACAAACCCUGAAAUGGAUGAGAAUGCUGAGCCAUUUUUUGCAGAUCGUGAUGACUAUAUCUAUACUGCAGAAUAUGAGAUGUUGUUUGGACAGUUUACUGAGAAUGAUAACGCGUACAUUGGAAGGCCUCCAGCUUCAAAAUAUGUAGUUGAGAAUCUUCCUUCUGUGGUUGUGACUCAGGAGGAUGAGGUGAAUGGUAAUGCGCUUUGUGCAGUUUGUAAGGAUGAGGCUAACCUUGGUGAAAAGAUGAAACAGUUGCCUUGUGCUCACCGCUACCAUGGAGAUUGCAUUAUACCCUGGCUAGGGAUAAGGAAUACCUGCCCUGUUUGUCGUCAUGAGUUGCCUACAGAUGAUGCGGACUAUGAAAGGAGGAGGUCCCUAGGAGCUAGUGGUGCACCCUAAUGGUAAUUAAUGGUCAAAUGUGAUUUUGAAGCUUUUUGUUGAGCACUAGGUUGUUAAGAAUGUAGAUAUUGUUGCUGGAGAGAGUGAAUAUGUCUUUGUGAGGAUCAUGUCAUUCUUCACAAUUUUAUAAGUAUUUUAUAUGUUCUUUUAACCUUUGUGUGGUAUAAGAAUGUCCAAUGACUGAAUUGUACCUUGAGGGUUUUUUGGUUGGAAUAAUUGUCCAUUAUUUAUGCAUUGA